AAAAAAUCCGUAGCAGUGUAAAUAAAGUCUAACCUAUUGUAAUCUACAUAAUUCUUAUACUCAGAUAAUUUAUAAUAACUGUGCAGUAGUAAUAAUAAAAUAACUUCUUUCUUAAUAGUUUCUUCAAGACAUUAUAUAAGGCAUUAUUGUGGCAUUGUUGGGUUUUACAGACACAUCCAUAAUGUUGUCUUCUUUAAUCAAGGAACAUCAAGUUAAGCAAGCAGCCAGGAAAGAAGCUCAAGAAUUGAAACGCAAGGAGGCAGUUGCAGCAGCUAAUAAUCUAACCUUAGCUCUUGUGGACCACCUAAAUGUUGGGGUAGCACAAGCAUAUCUGAACCAGAAGCGAUUGGACGCUGAGGCCAAGCUUCUGCACCAGAGUGCAACUAGCUUUGCCAAACAGACCCAGCAGUGGCUCACUCUGGUGGAGGGUUUCAGCAGCGCUCUGAAGGAGAUUGGAGAUGUUGAGAACUGGGCAAAGAGUAUCGAGGACGACAUGCAGACUGUAAACUGUGCGCUCGAGUACGCAUACAAAGUUUCGCAAGAAGGCUCAUAACACAAGUCUGCUUAGCUGAUGAAGAAGGUUUUAAAUAAGGUUUUUUUAUCUGUACAAUAAUAAACUCUUGUAAUUUUUUGUAUAUUUUGUUUAUUUAACGUAAAAUCAAUCUAUUGAAUUAUCUGAAAUAUAUUGUUCAGUUAUUUUUUAA